UCUCCAGUUACAUUGAACAGUUGUUUUUUAAAGACGUCUCUUCAUAUCAUGUAGUUCAACCCCUGUCACAAGCUACAUGCAGUCGGCUGUAUGAAGGGUCUGAUGACGUCAUGUUACCGCUGACCAGUUGACCAGCUGACCGACUGGCUACAAUAUCCGCUUAGCCAGUUAUCUCUACGAUAAGUAUAAACAGAUGGACACCUGUUAUCUUCAUGUCUAGGCCGGUACCGCUCCGCGUCCUUCUACACAAACACAAUGGCGGCGCUCAUCACGAUACUUCUACAAAUUUCACCUAUAUGUAUCGGCACUCUCCUUCUCCUUAAAUUCCUACAGCUUCUGAAACGAAAACACGACCUGAAGAAGGCUUUCAAGGACUUCCCAGGACCUAAACCUCACUGGCUGUAUGGAAACACGAGAGAGAUUUCUGGUGACUUAGAUGGACUUCUCAGGACAACCGACUGUGCUACCACCUACAAUGGUGUAUUUCCAGUUUGGAUGGGUCCUCUCGACGCAUUCCUUAACAUGGGCCAUCCGUCUACAGUCAAGCAUGUUUUGUCGGGAACUGAUCCCAAAGAUGAAUCCUAUGCGUUAAUGCGGCCUUGGAUAGGGGACGGCUUGCUCCUGUCAGGUGGACGGAAGUGGGACCGAAACAGACGCAUGCUCACUCCCGCCUUCCAUAUGGACAUAUUGAAACACUAUGUGGAGAUAUUCAACGAAUCAGCGAAGGUCUUACUAGGCAAAUGGCGAGAAAACCCCGGAUGUGUUGAGACAUUUCAUCACAUGAGCCUAUUGACGCUGGAUAGCAUGAUGAAGUGUCUGUUUGGUCACCAUAGUAACUGUCAGCUGGAAACGGUGCGCCCCGCGUACAUCCAGUGUGUCUACGACGUCUCUGACCUGAUCAUCAAAAGGAUCAUGAACCCUCUUCAUCACUUUGGUUUCCUAUACUCCCUGUCUGAAAACGGACGAAAAUUUCAGUACGCAUGUGAUACAAUACACGAACACUCGAACAAGUUGAUAGAACAGAGGAGACAAUUGUUGGCGAGCGAGAAGGCCGGAUCUAGGAACGUUGACUUUCUCGAUAUUUUGCUCACAGCCAAAGACUCAGAUGGACAGGGCCUGACUGACAAGGAGAUUAGGGAUGAAGUGGACACAUUUAUGUUCGCGGGACAUGAUUCCACAGCCAGCACUCUGUCCUGGUGUCUUUACAACCUGGCCUUACAUCCUGAGUACCAGGACCGGUGUCGGGAGGAGGUAGAACGAGAGUGGGGGGACAAGACAGAUCUCACGUGGGACGACAUCCAGAAGGUAUCCUUUACCUUUAGCUGUAUCAAGGAAAGUCAGAGGCUGUUUCCACCUGUGCCCAAUGUGUCCAGGUGUGCCGAGAAGGACAUAACCUUACCGGAUGGCCGCGUCAUACCCAAAGGUAUGAGAAUGGCAGUGUCGUCGUUUGCUCUACACAGGAAUCCGGAUGUUUGGGACAAUCCGGAGGAAUACGACCCGUCUAGAUUUUCCGAGCAGAACAAGAAAAUCAACGCCGGCUCCGGUAGCUUCAUUCCUUUUUCAAUGGGCCCAAGAAACUGUAUAGGACAGGCGUUCGCCACAACCCAGUUGAAAGUUGUCAUACCAACAAUUAUACGCAACUUCCGGUUGACACUUGACCCCACUCGGCCAGCGGAACCGGAAGCUAUGCUUAUUCUUCGAAGCAAAAAUGGACUUUAUCUAAAUAUCACACCUUUAUGAUACACACUUGAGUUUUUUAUUGCAACAAAAUUACAAUUUUACGAGACAGGAAAAGGCAGAAUUGAAUUUGAACGUUUUAAAUACUAUUUGCGUUUAAAUAAGCCAAAAUAAUCAGGAUUAAAAUAUUGAAUACUACAAAUUGGUUGAUAGUUGUACCAUACUAUAGAUUUCUUACAAUAGAACGUGAAAGAGAUUUUUGUUGUGGUUGUUGUUGUGUCGUGCCUGUUAACCAGUACAUUUUCUUUCUGCUGAGAAAUAAACUGUUGAUUUUAUUUUUAUUUGUAUAUCACCUGUGUACAUUAUGUGUAUUGAAAAUAAAACUAUUUGCUCC